CGCGGCAACGCUGUUUACACCCCGAUCGCUCCACCUCCUUAGUGCAAAGCAUUCACAUGUCGUUCACCAUUUCCUGGAGCGUCUUCUGAGCUUUAAAUAAGGCAGUUGGCGAAGAUUCAGACCUCUCGAUUAAUCGACCACCCUGGGGGGCGAUCAUGUGCGACGCAACGUUCACAUUCGGCCAAAGAGGAAGCCACUUCUUCCAGUGCCCGUCGAGGCGGGAGAUCGCUCGCCUGCCCGCAAAAUUGACGGCCUUCCUUUCAUCAUCGCAACUCCAACAAGUCCACCACAUCGCCCUCGGCUUUCAGGACAGCUUCCUAAUCACAUGGCGCGACCGCUCUGGACUGGAUCGAAUGAACAGCCUAGGGCUUCCAGACGAGCUAACGACUUUUCUCUUUGCCAAAAAUGCGCAAGACCAAUUGAUUCGCAACAUACCCGCCAUCCGUUGCGUCCUAGGACCCUACAACAAUUCUUUUUUCGUACACGACUCUUCCGCAUACAUAUGGAUGAGCAUCCCAGACGGACUACUGACUGCAUUGCAAGCCCGUAUAAAGAGCGGGUCUUGGAUCGAUAAGCCGCGCAUUGUGGCUCUUGGUGCGGACGAUGGCUUUCUUCUAAUCACAGAAAAGAACGUGGCGAUCUGGGAUCUAGAGAAGUACAAGACGGUAUCAGAUAUGCUAGAAUCUGCACGCGCUCAGGCACAUGGGAUCCGGGACAUUCGCAACAUCGUUCUGCACGCUUAUCGGUAUGGGUGCUACGUCGCGCAGUCCAAGACCGGGGCUUUGAUGCACGGUAAUUUGCCGGCCCACCAGAUCUCCGGUAUCAUGUGCAUGCUUGGGCCGGUUCUGCGGGAUACAGAGCGUGCAAGAGGCGCCGAGAGAAAGAUUGCGGAGCGCAGAGAGAGCGAGCGCGACAAUCUGCAACGUAGACCGAGUGGACUACAAGAAAGAGCACGGAUCAAGAGGGAGUGGAGUGAUCACAAACAACAGUUUACUGCGCAGUCCAAGGGGCUGAAGUUGAGUGUGAGCGUCAGUUUCGGCGUUGGGGGACUGGCCAGGAUGCUCGGAGGAUCAUAGGGGACUUUCAUCGAUUACAUCCGCGCAGGCACACAAGCACCUGCCCCGUCGCCCGAGUGGUGCAUUCACAACUUCAACCCCGAUCGUAGUUCCGAAAAGUCCCUCAUUCAUCGUCACUCGGCCCGCGACUAUGCGCUCUCAACCGCGCAACUCAAACACGCUUGUGUCUGAAGGACCCAGAUAGUGCUCAACACAACCCUCAGUAGCAACCCACGUCUUAGGGAGGACGUUUUAUAAGGACAGAAAGCGCCGAGUCAGGUUUGCCUUCUUCACCAUUUUU